AUGGCCAAUGAAGACCCCAUCUCCCACUAUGGCGUGUUCAUCUCCCGAACCAACGAAUCAUCGCCUCUUGCGCUGCGAAAGAAGCGAAACUUCUACAAGGCUGCUCUUAGUCUGGAUUGGUUGGUGCCUUCUGAGUCUCAGAUACCUGGCAUUGGCGACUCUUCAAAAUAUCGCAUCGAGAUUCCGGUCAUUCUCGAAUUAGAGAAUUAG